UUUCAUCAUAAAUCACGCAAUUAAAAACUGUUUUACAAAAUUUCUAGAGUAUUAGCAGAAGAAAAAAUGGCGUUAACUGCCGAGACAUUAAAAGAUAAACUGACAAAGGAGCUGAGUGCAGAAUACGUGGAUGUAAAGGACAUUUCUCCCGACAUGUGUGGAACCAGUUUCCAUGCUGUUGUUGUUUCGCCCCAGUUUGUGGGUAAAGCUCGCUUGCAACAGCAGCGAAUGGUUAACAAUGCACUUGCUGAGGAGAUGCCAUCAAUCCACGCUUUUACACAAAAGACAUACACACCAGAAGCAUGGAAAAAGGCAAACUCUACGGACUGAUUAUAUUUCUGAGUUAAUUUAAACAAUAUUUGUUUGACCAUUAUAAACGUUCAGAUUUCCUAUAAUUUUUUUUGCGUUAUAAGGCCCAUUAUUGUGCAAUGCAUAAGGCCUGCUUUCUGCACAGUUUUUACCAGACUGAUUAGUUGUCAGUCUUGUCACUUUUAGAAUAUGAAUAAAGUCUGCAUGGUUGGAAGUGGAAUAAUUCUCUUCAGAUUAGUAACUCCAUGUUUUUAUAAUCACAAAAAGCUAUUGAGUUAGUACAUGUACAUGAUAACAUUUUAUAAAGAAAUUUAACCUAAAACGUUGGAAUUGAAGGCAUAUUAUUCAAACUAUUUAUAUCUAUUUAUGACAAAUUUAAUUUCUGAAUUCUGAUUAUAAGGUUUUGUUUGAUUAUGAUAUGCUUGUGGAGUAAACAAUAUUGUUUUGUUACUUUAGAAAAAAAAUACAUGUAUAUAUGAUUUUUUAUAUAAUCAGCUCUAUUGAGACUAUUGCUAUUUAUCAAUUUUUUAAACAAUUAAAAUGAAUCUUCUAAAUGGAAAAUUAGUUGAAAACAACGCUGAGAUUCCUCUGGUCAAAUCAUAUGAAGAUGUUAUGAGUUUUAAACGUGUUUCAAAAGUCUGUGAGCUUGGACUCAGUCGUGCCAUUGCUUUGGCUUGCUUAGAAAUCGUAAAACUUGAAACUGAUGGAGUUACAUCAGCUCUUGAUGCUGUUAACUCUUUUGGUGCUGCUGGCAUGCAAUGGGCAAAGCAUUUUCUCUCAGAAAACAUUUCCAUCACUGUAAACACAGCACUUGGACUGGAUGAUGUCUGUAAGAAAUGGCUGAAUGAGAAUAACUGCCCAACUGAUUCUGUUAAGGUUGUGUCUAUGGAUCCCCAGGUUCUUAUGCACAGCUCCAAACACAAGUUUGUGUAUUUAGAAGUGACUGGAACAGUUGUGCCUUACCUUGAUGCUGCUGUUCGUAGUGUAAACCACAAUGGUUUGUUGUGUGUGACUUGUACAGAUACUUCAACUUUAUACAACAAGUGCCCAACUACAGCCCAACGUCUCUACGGAGCCAAUCUGUUAAAAAAUGAAUAUUGCAAAGAAGUUGCCAUUCGUGUAAUUAUUUCUAACAUUGCACAAUCUGCUGCGAGAUGGAACAAAGGUAUUAAAGUUGAACUUUGUGCAUCUGUAGAGCCAGGGUUUACUGUUGUAUGUAGAGUGCUACGUGGACCAAAACAUGGCGAUAUUUCAACCUCAUCUAUUCAGUUGUUAGAGCACUGUCAAUUAUGUCAAGCCAGAAGGUUUAAACCAAGAACAAAAUAUAUUACUUAUGGAAAUGGUAAGACACUAUGUAAGUGCAGCACUGAAGAAGCAGCAGCCCCAUUAUUAUUACUGGGCCCCAUGUGGUCAGGCAGCAUUUUUCAACCAGAAUUUGUUUUGAAAACCUGUUUAACUGCCAAGCAGAUGAAUUUGUCUCUUGAACAUCGGAAAAUUUUAGAACUGAUUUUGUUGGAAAGUGUGUGUUGCAAAACUAAUGAAGAAGAAGAGAACUUACUGAAACACACAACUCAAUUUAAUGGUAAAAAUCAACUUAACGAAAAAAGUGAACCAAAGCACAAAAAAAUAAAAUUAGACUCCGAAGUAAGUUCAGAGAAUGGCCCUUCUUUAACCAAAGAGAUGAGAUCCUACAAACAUAUUCCAUUUUAUUGUGAUUUCCAACAUCACAGUGUAAAAGGAGGUAAUCCUCCAAGAUUAUUGACCGUGCUGAAUGAACUACGCAGUCGAGGUUACAACGCAAGCAAAACUCAUUUCGGCCCAAGAUGCAUAAGAACAUCAGCCAGUGUGGAACAGUUUGAUGAAAUUUUAAAGCAUUUGUGGGAAGUAACGACAAAACAUAAUGGAAUCAAAGUCUAAGAAUUUCUAGUGUGUUCUUAAAUUGAUAAAAAAAGUUGAAAAUUUUCAGUAUAAACGUAGUAGCCAAUAUAUGUGAGACGAUUGCCAGAUAUUUCAUGUUUUUUUUGCACCCAGGAUGGAAUGUAAAAACUGUUUUCUGUUUCUGUUGAAAAGAACUAUAAAACUUGUUUUGACAGUGACACUUUACUAUACAAACGCAAAUUAAAUAGCUGGGUGGGGAUAACUGAUACCUACAUUAGUUAAGCACUAGCUUUGUUGGAACUAAUGAAUUUUUUUGUUGUUUAUUACUGGUAUUUAAAUAAUGUUUUUAUUGUUUUAGAACAUGAUAUAUUCAAUAUAGGCGCCAAACCAUUUAAAAUGCAGGGAGGGUAGAAAUAGUUAGAUUUCUAAACUUGUUGAGAAAAAAUCCAACAUGGCUUUAAUUUACUAAUUAGUGCAAAUUACAAAGUAGGCCUGCCACCAGUGCCACCCCAGAAUUGGCGCUUAUGGUGUUUUAUUAUAUAUUUGAACCAAAUGAACAAGUUUUUCUUAGAA